CUUCGCAGUGACUUUCACUGGUGUUGGGCAAGAAGUGGCGAAGGUCAGUUGUGCCGCGUAUUCCUAGCCGAAGACACACCUUGCCAUGUGCUCCUAGAGCUCGCUCCGAAAAGUCCACUUGUUAAAAUCGACUCAAAUUGUUGUGCCAUUUUGCCCGUUUUUGGUUUUUCCUUGUAGACGAUGCUUCCAAUAUGGACAAUUUCCCUCCUCCUCUUUACCUCAACCUUCGCCAUGGACAACCUUCGUGUCGCCUAUCAAUGGAAAGAGCUCGACUUUGACUUCCCCUCGGCCUCUGCGCGUGAAGAGGCCAUCAAAAGCGGAAAAUUCAUUCCGGAAAAUAACCUGCCUCUAGGUCUAGAAGUCUACAAGGACCGGCUUUUCAUCACGGUGCCGAGAUGGCGCUCGGGGGUCGCCGCCUCCCUCAACUACAUCAAGCUUUCAGACCCCAUGGACUCGCCCAAACUCAAACCCUACCCCAACUGGGAGGCGCACAAGAGCCACUCUGGAGACCCCCCAGAGAUAGUCUCCCCAUUUCGUGUCCGAGCCGACCAUUGUGGUCGCUUAUGGGUCUUGGACACCGGUAUCGAAGACUUCACAAACCCCAAAACCCACAAACCUGUCACUUUGCUAAUUUACGACCUCCACAACGAUAACCUAAUGCGGAGUUUCAAAAUCCCCAAAGGCCAAGUCAAGAGUGAGAGUUUUCUGGCCAACAUCGCCGUGGAGGACCACAACUGUGCCGACACUUAUGCGUAUUUAGGUGACCUGGGGGACCCUCCAGGCAUUAUCGUGUAUUCGUGGAAAAAGGGGGAGAGCUGGAGGGUGGAGCAUAAUUAUUUCUCCAUUGACCCAUUGAUGGGAGAGUUCAACGUUUCUGGGAUCACGUUCGUGUGGAACGAUGGGUUGUUCGGGAUGGCCUUGUCCAAGCCGGACCAUGAUGGGUUUAGCACGCUUUACUUCCACCCAAUGAGCAGCACCAACGAGUUCUCGGUCAGCACCAAGUACCUGCGGGAGGACUCCUCCAAGGAGCAUUUCCACGAGUUCAAGUUGCUGGGCACUAGGGGGCCCAAGGGGCAAAGUGGGGUCUCGUUCCUCGACCAGAAGACCGACGUUCUGUUCUAUUCUUUGUUGAAUUUGAACGCUGUCGCGUGUUGGAGAACAACAAACCCUGCUUAUACCAUGGAGUCGCAAGGGAGGGUUUACAUGAACAACGUCACCAUGAUUUUCCCCAAUGAUAUCAAAGUUGAUAAUGAUGAUAAUUUGUGGGUUUUGUCGGAUCGGCUGCCGAUGUUUUUGUACAGUCAUUUGGAUAAGAAUGAUGUUAAUUUUCGGGUGCUGACGGCACCGGUUGCUGAUGCGAUCAGAGGAACGGCGUGCGAUUCGAAAUUGGUGACGAGGAUCAAGAGUAAUGAUUUGAAGAAUGGUGGUUUGAGAAAAAGUGCUGUGGGAGGGGUGGUUCUUGUCAUGUUUGUUGCCAUAAUGAAUUUGUAAUUUUUACAAACGUCCUGUAAUUAUUGUAUAAUUGCCGCGAUUUAUUUAUUUAUUUUAGGAUAGUUUGUAGUGUCUUGUUUGUAAGUAUUGUACUUAUUUGUAAAAAUAAAGUCAUCAAGAGUU